UUUAUCUCGCGAUAUCUGGCAACCCAGAGAAAAGCCGUCUCAGCCUCAGUCCGUUGGGAUACAGACUGAAGUGUUACACGCGGAAAUGUUCAAAACUGACAAACUGAAAGCUUUGGUCAGUGAGCGAUUGACGGCAGCUGCCGAAGAAAUACUCAGCAUCUUUGAGCAGACUGUGAAAGAAUAUGAGGAGAUAGUUUUUCGUUCAAAGCAGGAGCUCGACCAACAGCGGAGGCUGGCCGGAUGGAAAGAUCACUUGCAGCUCUCUGUCCAGGAAGAGGAUGCCCCCUCUGAGCAGAAUCACUGUGAGAAGAAGACUGACCUGUGUGAGGAUGACCAGGGGCGCCCACAGAUUAAAGAAGAACAGGAGGAGGAACUGUGGACCUCUCAGACAGGUGAAAAGCAGGAGGAGAGUGAUACCAAAGACUCCAUGUUUAAUAUAAUUUAUGUGCAAAGAAGUGAAGAAAAAGCUGACAAUGAAAGAGACCAUUUGCCCAGCAGCUCAUCUGAGCAACUGAAGUCAGAGCCUGAUAAAGAGGGAUGUGGUGCAUCAGAGCCAACCAGUGACUGUCAGAUGAGUGACGCCAGUGAUGAUGAAUGGAGAGACAGUGGAGGAUUUCACUCAGCUAUAAACAAGGAGAAUCCACAGCAAGCUGGUGAGACAGCAGACAGACCACACACCUGCAGCGUUUGCAACAAGAAUUUCAGGAUCAAGUCCAUUCUGACUCGCCACAUGAAGACGCACACGGGAGAGAAACCUUACAGUUGCAGUGUUUGUGGGAAAAGCUUCAUCCAGCGGUCUUAUCUGCAGACUCACAUGAACUCCCACUCUGGACAGAAACCGUACACAUGUAGCUUCUGUGGCAGAGGGUUCACGCAAGUUGGAAACAUGAAUGCGCACAUACGAAUUCACACAGGGGAGAAACCUCACAGAUGCACUGGUUGUGGUAAAAGCUUUAGAGAGAAAGCAGAUCUCAUCAAGCACACCAUAAUCCACACCGGUGAGAAACCCUACGUUUGCUCCGUGUGUAAUAUGAAAUUCAGUGCUCAGUCUAAUCUAACACGCCACAUGAAGACUCAUUCAGGGGAGAGGCCAUAUGGUUGCACCGCUUGUGGGAAAAGAUUCAUUCGGCGCUCACAUUUAAUCAUUCAUAUGAAGACUCACACGGGAGAAAAUCUCUAGACUUGAAAUUGAUAUUUUCAGAUUUUUUCUCUCUAUGUUGUUGCUAUAAUUUUGUUGUAAUCUUGUCUUGUAGAAAAAAGAAUGACUAAAUAAUAUGUAAAAUACUGUCAGAUGUAAUUUCUGUUGAACUAGAAAUAAAGCAGGAAGACAUUUUUGUCUCCAAUGAAAUC